GCGAGAGAUAAAUAAAAAAAAGAAGAAAAAAAAUAAGAAUAAGAAAUCAAAAUAAGAGAUAUUUACUUGAAACAUUGCAUAUGGAGGCGUAAAAUUGUAUGUUGUCGAAUUAUUAUUACUGCUGUUGUUGUUGUUGCUGUUAUUAUUGUCGUCGUCGUCGUACUGCAGUAAGUUGUUGUAGACAUGUUGGGGGCACUUAAACGACGAUGGAAAACACAACGAAGACCACAGUUGGAGGAUCACGACUCUGAUGAGGAUGGUCGUCAAGAUGGCAUGAUACCGCCCCGAUUUAUCGAUGUUCAACAGGGAAAAAUUUAUCUUGGUCCGCCAAAACAAUUAGAUACAGUCAAAGAUAAGGAAUUACUCGAGUCACGAAUUGCCGAGUUAGAGGAUGCACUGCUGCGCUUACAAGAUCAAUUCAAUAAAAGCCAAUCAACGUCGCCAGUUGUCGAGAAGGAGCUGAAGGACCAAAUUGAAACGAUGAACCGAGCGAUGCGCACAAAGGAACGUCGUUCGAUGCAAGUUUGUCGGGACCACAAAACGCUCCAAGCGCGUUUUCAGCGCCAAGAAAACUCCUUGGCAACGUUGCAAUACGAAAAUAAGUCGCUCCAUCAGAGAGUUCGGCAAUACGAGUUAUGUCUCGAUGAUGUGAUGCGAAAAGUCGUCGAUGCAAUUGUCGCUGAAGACAAUUUACGCGAUGAGGUUUCGAUGCUUAAAACUCGCGUUCGUGACUUGGAAGCACAAAAUGCCGCCCUUUCAGCAAGUCCCAUGAAAGGACGCGACGAAGGUUAUUGCACCAUGAGUUCAGGGCAACCGCCUCCCUCGCAAGAAGCUCAUUUAGAAAAUUUGCCGGAAGAACCCGAGCAAUGGCUCUUAUCGGCAGCUCCUUGCUCCGCGGAAAUGGAAGACUGGAGUAUGUCACAAGAGGAAAUGGGCACCGCUGUCGAGGAAGAAUGGACUUGGAACGGGUCGACGAGUUUGUUGGCAGAUGCGAUAACGCAAACAGAGGAGGAUUUCAAUGAUUUGCUGGCUGAGCAGAUCAGUUACUCCGACGACGAAGAAAUAAUUUGUAAAAAUUUCACGCGAGACUUUUACAAACUCGUCAACAUUCACAAGUCUGAAAGUUUGCAAUCCCAACUGAACAGCGAGGAAAAAAUUCCUUACGUUACUUCCGACGACGAAAGCACAACUUCCUCCUCGGGGCAUUGUCAUCACGAUGUCGAGCCGGAAAACGAAGAAGAUCUCUCCGACGACGACGAUAGUCCAACGCCAAGCGAAGCAGGACGUGCCCAAGUCUUCAGUUGUUCUUCCACGACUUCGAGUAGCGACGAUAGCGGCGACAGUUUUUCCGUUCAAAUGAAAAACUUGAGCAAUGCGGAGCACAAAAACCGCACCGAUGACAAUAUUGAGGAAAUUGAAGUGAUUGACGCGAGUAAAUUUAAUGUCGUGUUGCAGGAAACAACGACAACAACUUCGAACGGGGACAGCAGUGAGGAAGAUGUCGUUGUUGUGGUUCGACGCAGUAACAGUACGACGAGUAGUAACAAUAAAAUGAAUGGCAGUCCGCAUGGAAGUCCGAUGAUGAAUCGUCGGAAUGCGAAAAAUAGUAGGAAAAUUGUGAAAGAGGCAAAAGUUCAGCCUUGCAUGUCGUGGCGAAGAAGCAAUGGAUGGACAAGGGUUUCAGGACAAUCGAAGGACAAACCGCAACACCCCGACAGCAGUCCAACGAAAAUCCCCACAAAAUGCUUCGACAAGAAUUCUCGCCCCAUCGCGACUGUUAGAUCUCUUCCACGGGCAACUCCGCCUGUCCCUCUCAAACGUACUCUCGGCGCUAGUUAACCUCAUAGCACCUCACGGAGAACUUAAAGCUGUUGUGAUACUUACCAAUAAGACAAAACUGAAAUUCAAUUCAAUUCACUGCCGAAAUCAGCAAUAAUUCAGGUUUAUAAAAAAACGCACCUCAGAAGACUUUUUGUGCUCACAAUUCAAAAGAAUCCAAUUAAAAAAGCAGCAAUACGAAAAAAAACUCAUUUGAAGAAAAAUCGAAGGACGGUUUCAGUUUCUAGCUUUUUUUUCCAAAAUUGGCCAAAAAAUAAAAUAGAAUCUAGAAAAUAGUACA